AUGUCCAACCGAACUACCCUGACCGAGUUCCUUCUCCUGGGAUUCUCUGAUGUUCGGGAGCUGCAGAUUUUUCACUUUGUGGUGUUUCUAGUGAUUUACCUGGCAGGCCUGAUGGGGAAUCUUCUCAUCAUCACAGCUGUAGCCCUCAACCACCAUCUUCACACCCCCAUGUACUUCUUCCUGGUGAAUCUGUCGAUCCUAGACCUCGGCUCCAUCUCCGUUACCAUCCCCAAAUCCAUGGCCAACUCUCUCAUGAACACCAGGGUGAUUUCUUAUCCUGGAUGUGUCACUCAACUCUUUCUCUUUUUCCUCUUCACUGCAGCUGAUCUUGCCUUACUCACCAUCAUGGCAUAUGACCGACAGGUUGCCAUCUGCCAACCACUGCACUACGAGAGAGUGAUGAACAGGAGAGCUUGUGUCCAAAUGGCAGCCAGUGCCUGGAUUACUGGUAUUGUCUACUCUGCCCUGCACACUGGGAACACCUUCAGGUUACCCUUCUGCUCUAAUGUCAUCAACCAGUUCUUCUGUGAAAUCCCUCAGCUACUCAAGCUCACCUGCUCUGACUCGUACGUCAGUGAAGCUGGGCUUCUUGCCUUUAGUGUGUUUUUAAGUUUAAACUGCUUUGUUUUUAUAAUUGUGUCUUAUGUUCAGAUCUUCAAAACCGUGCUGAGAAUCCCCUCUGAGCAGGGCCGGGGUAAAGCCUUCUCCACCUGCCUGCCUCACCUCACAGUGGUCUCUUUGUUUCUUUCCACGGGCUUCUUUGCCUACUUGAAACCCACCUCCAGCUCAGCAUCAGCUAUGGAUCUCAUGAUGGGUGUUCUCUAUUCCUUGAUGCCUCCAGUGAUGAAUCCAAUCAUUUACAGCAUGAGGAACAAGGAGACCAAAGCUGCAUUAAAGAAACUGUUUGUAUGGAGGUUAUUCACCAUAAAUUAA